AUGACAAAGCUUAUUGGGCAGUAUGGUAUGGGGUUAAAGCCUCCUUCUCAGUAUGAGCUCCGGUUCCCUUUACUUCAAAGGGAAGUCGCCAAUGUUCAAGCACUGCUGGCUCCUAACAGGGAAGAGUGGGCAGUGAAAGGAUGCUCAAUCAUGUCUGAUGGGUGGCGUGAUUCUGUGGUGCAGAAAGACAUCGUCAACUUUCUGGUUAACUCACCAAAAGGUUCUGUGUUCAUCAGGUCCAAAGAGGUUUCUGAAGUGGUGAAAGAUGCUACAAUGCUGUUCAAGCUACUUGAUGAUAUGGUUGAAGAAGUUGGUGAGAAGAACGUGGUUCAGGUUGUAAUUGAUAAUGCCUCAAACUACGUCAAGACUGGAAAACUUCUUGAAGCAAAACGCCCACAUCUCUUUUGGACUCCAUGUGCUGCGCAUUGUCUUGAUUUGAUGCUGGAGGACAUUGGAAAGAUAGCUGCGGUGAAGACUGCAAUGCAGAAGUGCAUGUUCGUUCAUCCGACCGUACCGAUCAGAGCAAGGAAGCUGAAGCAGUAUAUCCUUCAAGAAGGGUUUUGGAGAAACAUAGCUUAUGCUCUGAAGCUAACUUCUCCAUUGGUGAAGGUGCUACGGAUGGUUGAUGGCGAGAAGAAACCACCAAUGGGGUACAUUUAUGCUGCUAUGGAUAGAGCAAAAGAAACUAUUGCUAAGAGUUUUAAGUUAAAGAAGGUGAAGUAUGAGAAGGUUUUUGAGAUGAUUGACAGACGCUGGGACUGUCAGCUACAUCAACCACUUCACGCAGCAGGUUAUUUCCUCAAUCCAGCUGUUCAUUAUGCUCAUCCUGCGGAUGUUUGUUGUGAGGAAGUGGAGCGUGGAUUGUAUAGCUGCAUCACAAAGCUGGUCCGAGAUCCUAUUGUGCAAGACAGGAUCAUGGUGGAGCUUGAAGUUUUUAAGAAUGCAACUGAUUGGUGGUCAAGCUACGGAAGCUCAGCUCCUAAUCUCAGAGAUUUUGCUGUCAAGGUCCUUAGUCUAACAUGCAGUGCAAGUGGCUGUGAAAGAAACUGGAGUGUGUUUCAACAUCUUCAUACCAAGAAAAGAAACAGAUUAGCUCAAAGCCGAUUGAAUGACAUGGUGUUUGUCAAGUACAAUCGUGCUUUGCAGCGUAGGAUGAAAAGAAAUGAUGCAAAGGAUCCAAUUCUUUUGGAGGAAAUAGAUGAUAGCAACGAGUGGUUGAUGGGGAAGAUGGAUGGAAACUCCUCCAAUGAUGAAGAUGAUGCUUUCGUCCAUGAUGAUGAGGACCUGACUUGGACUUUGGUGAGUGAAGCAGCCGGAGCUGAAGAACCAAGCUAUGGUACUAGAGGAGCGAAGACUCCUCAUUCAGCUAAGAACAACAAAGGGAAAGGAAUAGCUACUUCUUCAACUCAGAGCAAGCGCUAUGGUACAUCAGCUCCUCAUUUGGAAUUGGUUGAUGAAGAUGAUGACGUCGGAGAGGAGUUAGGAAAGGAAGAUGGUAGCUUCUGGAAGGAUUUGGAAUUGGAGUAUGAGGAGAGUGGUUCUGAAUCUGAGUAGAGA